AUGUAAAGCAAAUAAAACUAAAAAUCAAUACUGUACAUUUUAAGAAAUAUUACGAUAGCCAUAGAUUGGAUUUGGGAAACAAAUAACAAUAUGAAAAUAUUAAUAUCGGUUCGAAGUUUGAUUUCAGAACGAAAUAAAAAAAAAGUUAAAGCAAACGUCACCCUUUUCGAGCAACGCAUUUUUGUCUGUUUUUAAAAUACAUCCGUAAUUUACUGACUGGGCGUACAUUCUCACGCACCAUGUACUAAAAAAAUAAACACUGGUCAAUAGCAAGCGCUGCAACUAUGGUCUUAUCAGUCUUAUGAUAUCUUGUUUACUCAAGUUGGACGUGAUGUCGAAAGCCGUCAUUAUACCGGAGUGUAACAAGGAUAUAGGAGGAAUGAAGGACGAGAUAUCCACGUCGCCGCCCGAAAAGAGGGAAGGAGCUAUGGGCUUGUUAAGUCGCCUUUUGCGAUUGGACACUUUGAAGAGGAGCGCAGCCGUGAGCCCGACGCCUACGGAGCCCCCGAUGACGUACUACGGGGUGUACAUUCCUUGCGAAAUUAAAAAGGGCCCUGAUGAAGAAGCAAUACACGUGUACGAAAACAAAGCGGAGGCGCUAGAGUUAGUCCGGCGCUACAAACUGGGCCGGUUCAAGUCUUUCCAUGACCGGAAGGAGGCCGUGUCUUUCGCGCUGCGCGGGGCCGAGCCUGCGGCUACCACGGAUGGCAAUGAUAGCUCUCUAAUGGGCGAAAAGCCAUAUCCAUUCAAGGCGCCAUCGCCCCAGGAUAUGGUGGCGCUUCGGAAGUCGAUCGAGAAGGGACUGCUGGCCGCUGUGAGGGAGAGAGUGUGGGACAACCCCCGGUAUCUCGUCAGCAGUGGAAACACACCGGCUAUUAUGCAGGAGGGUUCCCGCUACAACGCUUUGCACGUAGCAGCUAAAGCGUUGAACGCUGAGAUGUGUAACCUUGUGCUGACGACGGUCGGCAACCCUGCCUUCGUGCAGACCUUGUACGGGCUGGACGCUGACGCCGACUGUUGCAAGGAAUUCGCCGCGAUCCUAGUGGACCGCUACCUGAACACGCCUGAUAAAGGCAUGAACGAGACGCCGCUGCACUUCGCGGCCAAGUUCGGCGCCGAGGCGUGCGUGGACGUGCUCACGUCCUUCCCUCAGUGCAACAAGCAGGCUAUUAACAAGUUCGGCGAGCAGCCUAAAGAUAUAAUCUGCAAGCGCGCGAACAACGCGUCUCCGGAGUGUGCGCGUCGCAUGCUGGGCAUGCUGGAGGAGCGGUUCUACGUGCCGGUGCUGCACGCCGAGGACGGCAGCGCGGCGCCCGCCAUCGGCCGCGCCUUCACGCCCGCGCAGCCCCCGGAAAUAAACCGCGACCCGCUGAGCCCGCGCUACGAGAUCCUCGCCUUCGCGGGCCCCAUGGCGGCGCGGCAGGCCGACACGUUCCGCCGGAAGUGGAAGACGCCGCCGCGCGCGCACACACUGAAAGCGCCCGCUUUCAGAUUACAAGAGAUGACUAAAGGGCUUGAGGCUGUCGGCAGAAACCUGGCAGAAGAAAUGAAAGUAGGCUGGAAGGAAUACUGGCCCUUCCUCGACACCUUCACCGACCUCAGAACUCCUGAGGGUCUAGCUUUACUAGAGAACUAUCUCAAAACCAAGUACGAGAAUGCCUGCUCCUUCGCAUACAGCGACAGCUGCGCUCAACCUCACUCCCCUGACGACAUCUCCUUGUCCAGAAUCAGUCUAGGAAACCUACGCAACCUAUCACAAAGCCCUAUGAAACAAAACUCCGUGCUCAGCCCCAUGUCUGAACUAUGCGUGGCUAUGAAAACGUGCACAAUAUCUUCGGACAGACCGGCGCAUUGGAAGAAAACAGACCCGAUACGACAGAGGAUGUGUCGGCAACCUACGAAAGCAUUAACCAACGGCGAUGUCGCAUCACCGACGAACCAUCCGAACCACUCAGUCAGCCAACUCGUCUGUAUCGAACGAACCUGCCAAGUAUUCGCUAGAAGAAUCGCCGAUGCUCUAACGUUCUCUUUAACAUCCGAACCAGAAGUGGCAGGAGAAUCUCUAAAAGCCGAAGCGAAAUACCUCCAACACACAAUGUACACUUAUAUGGACGAUGAACGAUUUCAGAACAUAAACUUCGCGUUAAUACAUUCGCGACUAGCCCAGCUAGCCGUCUUCAUGUUGAAGCGACAAACUAAAGACACAGACGACGUGAACAGUCUAGCGGAGUUUUUAGUAAAACUGCGUUGUCCGAACGACGAUAUAUUUAGCUCGGACGAUGAACAUAGAUCUGCAAGAGGUCCAAGCAAGUUACGGAUGUCUCACGUAUUAGAUAGUCACAUUAAAUGCUUAGCUAGUUUUAUUUGUGAAGAGCUGGCGGAGUCAGAGGCGACUAAAGGGCCAUCGGUGUCCGAGUCUGAGUGUGCAGAGCUGUGGGGGAAAGCGUCUAAAUGCGGGUGUGACUGGAAGAUUGAGAAUUUUGAGAGAAAUAGCAAGAAGAAUGCGUCGUUUAGGAAGAACAGGUCGAUAUUGUCGACUAGUCCGAAGAGUGAGGGUCUGGUUAGAAGGCUGACGUUCGAUUGCGACAUUGGCGACGGCAAAAGUCAACGCAACGAAACCUCCCGCCCGCUCAGCGUCAACUCUCCGGGCGGAGACUCCGCGGGUGCGGUGGCGGGGGCGGGGGCGGGGGCGGUGGCGGGGGAGGGGGCGGGGCCGGGGGCGGGGGCGCUCUACACGCUGGACACCGCCAAGUGCACCGUGGUGGCCGCAGAGAUAUCGGAGGACGAGUCUGGCGAGUCGUCCAACUCCGACGAGUACCAAACUGCCUCGGAGCAUUCUGACGACGACGAAGACAAAAUGGUGGACGCCAGCGACAGGGCGCUCGCCGAGCCCUUUAUAUACGGAGAGGAACCGAGUAAGAUGGACAGACUAGUAUUCGACGCACUAACCCCAUGUAGCAUCAGCCCCGAGUCGUACCCCAAUGUGUAUCGCUGGAGACAUACUGUCGCCCUCUACUCGCCUACGGAGAGAGACAAAUGGGCGGCCCACGAGCUAAACGACAGCGUGGCAUCGGCGUCCUUUAGCUACUGCAGCCCACUGCGGCACGCGGCCACCCCCAUAGCGCACACGCCGCGACCGCGCGAGCGCUGCUCCACGCCCAACCACCGCCUGCAGCUCACACAAGAAGCGUAUCACGACCGCUCCGUGCCGCUACAGGUAUCAACCUGGCUUCGAGUGACGGGCCCCAACUCGCCACGUUCUGCGCUGGCCACCAAGAACCUCGGCCACAACGUCAGCUUCGGCUUCUGACCACCACCACCACCACCCCCCAGCUAACAUCACGACUGUACCGCUUCUACUGUUAAUAACGUUUGAUCAACUCGACUCGACAAUUCGAAACGUCCCGUAGCCUCGAUAGGUAUAAAUUUAGUAUGAAAUCGUGUGUGGUAUCGCAACGAUGGGAGGCUAAAGUAACUUUUCUGCCGAGGCGAUUCGCGACGAUGGAAGUUGAGGGAUUAGUACGAAGACGCAAACUUGAUACUACUUUGUUAAAUAUCAAAAGUUGUCGCUAUCUCCACGAGUAUAGGCCAAAGGUAUGACGCCAUCGCUCGAAAAGAUGACGAAAUCGAAAUGAUCGAAAAAUUUACUUUGACGAUACGCCUCCAUUCUAAAUUCUCUUUGCUACAACUAUUUUUGCCCUGCAAAAAAAGGUACUGCUAUAAAUAAUAUUUUGGAAAACAAAAUUCUGAACACAGUGAUGCUACUGUUUCGGUUACCGUAAUUUUUAUUAAAAUUGCCAAGAAUUGUUAAUUUUGAUUCAGAUGAUUUUCAAAAUAUUUUUAUUUUAUAAUUUGAUUGAUUACCUAUAAUUUUUAAUAAUUUGGAAUUUAGAUGACUAUUGGCUUUUAAGGCUACUUUUUAUUUGACCUUUCAUAAUGCACAUUUCCCACUUACACGUAAAAAUAGUUCAGUUUAGCUCCAGUAAAAAAACAGCUUAAUUGUUUGCAGACUAAUAAUUAUUAAUGGUGCUUAAAGUAUUGUUAGGACUGCAAAAAUUGCUUACAUUUGUAAAUUAUUUACUCCUGACAAACUGUGCUAUCUAGAUGUAGUGCAUAAUUGUUUUCCAUCGUAUUUUCUCGGAAACGUUCAUAUUUGUCAUGCUACAUCAGCCAACCUCGGUACUUUUUGUGCCGAAACUGACGUGAAGACACGUUCGUAUGUUUCCGUACGAAAAUACGAUGGAAAACAAUUAUGCACUACAACUGUACGCCUAUUGCCUCUCCCUCCAUUUUUUUUAUUUAAAUUUUACGUGGCCUAAUACUAAGACAAAAUAUAGUCACGAAGAAAUGCAGUUAUAUUAUUCAUAAAAAAAUAUAAAUGCCCUAAAGUCAGUUGAUUGUUUGGAAAGGGUAAACAUAAUUUUAUUUCUUAUAAUUUUACGUACUGAAAAUGUGAAAAUGACAAUGUUAUAUCGUAAUUGUAUGUAGAUUACUUUUUAUCGUAAGCUGUGUUUUUAUAUUUCAAAUAGUAAAAUGAUAAAUGACAGUUAGAUUAGCCGAUUUACUAUCAAAUAAUCCCACUUUUGUACUAUAAUGACAGAUAAGUUGGAUAAUUGAACUGUAUUUUACUAUCUGAGGUAAAAACAAGGUUUAUAUAGUGUACAGUCGCUAUCAGAUAUAUCGGAGCGGCCAAAGUGCUCACAAAUAUCUGAACACGCCUCCAUUGCAAGGGCGUUAGAUUGCAUGUUCCGAUUUUUGUGCACCUUAGCCUAUCCGAUAUAUCUGAUACGAAGAUAAGUGCAUUCCCGUUGCCAGGGAGGUUUUGGGAUUAUUCUGAGCAACUUUUACUAUAGGACCAACCCCGAAAUCACAAAAAUAAAUUUGGGUGUUUCAUACAUUUUGGCUGGUCCAUUUUCUAUGGGAGGGCAAAUUUAUUUUUCGCGAUUUCGUGGUUGGUCCCAUAGUAUGUUGCUCAGUAUAAUCCCAAAACCUCUCUGGCAACGGGAAUGCACUUAUUUUUAACCCACCCUGUAUAUUGAUCUGAUCGUACUUGUUUCACUAAACAACGAAAUCACAAUUUUCCUCCCGAACUUUAUUAGGAUUAUCAAUUCAAUGGACAUACAAAGUUGUUUGAAUAUAUAGUUACUUUUGCAGAUUGUAUUCAUUCGUGUUGCAACGUUACUAAAUAAAUAGAUGUUUAAGGGAGUGAUUGAACUUAAUGAAUGUUCAUGACACGUCUUAAAAUAUUUUGUAAAGACUGUCCUAAAUGUUGAAAUGCUUAGAGCUCCCAUAAGUGUCUCUAACAUAAUAAUAAUAUACAAGUUCGUGAUAAAUGUGUUAUCAGCGGGCGCAGCAUGGUUUCAUUUUUAUCGCCUGUCACUAUGUCCGUCACUUUCGUAUGCUUGUUAGAAAGUAACAGGCAUGGUGACAAGUGAUAAAAAUGCGACCGUGCUACCGCCGCUGAAAUCGGUGCGAGAUAUAAAAUAUUGACACCACUAGCCAUAGAAAAUUCAUUCAAUGGAUUUAAAAUGCACGGCUAAAAUUAGAAUGUCCAUAAUGAAUGCACAUGUGAAAUAAUGAAUAACUUUCAAAUAUUUUGAACAUAAUCGUUCAACAUACAACAAAGUGUGAUCCAAUGUGUGUUCAAUUUUAGUGGUCAAAAUUAGCUAUAAUUAAUUUAAUGCAGAGUUAUGACGUCACUUAGUUAUUAAGAUUGCACACUGUGUUCUAUGUCGUUUGUUGAAGUCACUUAGGUUGCAGGAGCUUAUUACACUAUCCUAAUUUAGUGACUAACAAGAGGGAC